UUUCCAUACAAAUUGCUCUUAAGGCCAUCAUUUCUUCUGGGAGGUGGUGACUUGUGUUUUCUCAAAGACUACUUUCCUGUUUGUUGUUAUUGUCUAAUAAUUGCUUUUGAUUAGAAAGUAGAUAUCGUUCAUCUAUAGAUAUGCAGCGAGGAAGGAAAGUGCCAGUACAAGUUGUUUUCCAAGAUGAAAACUGCUCUUCGAGUUGCCCAAGUGACACCAAUAUACCGUGCAACAAUAGAAGCAGUGCUUUUGUUACAGCUCCAAAGAGAGCUUUAGGUGAUAUUACAAACGUUGCUAAAAGUGAAAAAUCAAAUGUAGGCAAAAAGGUUUCCUUUAAAGUAGGUCAACAAGAAAAGGGCGACUAUACAGCUGUUGAAAAACAAGCUGCUGAGUCUUCGAAGAGCUCUGGUAGCAGUCAAAACAAAAAUACGACUCAAACAUGUUCUCAAUUCUCGCAAUUUGUUUCGAAGUUGGAUCAAGACUUUUUGAAAAAGUCCAGUCGAGUGGCAAAGAAAAUUCUAGAGCAAUCCAAAGAUAACUUGAAGGUUACAAUUGAUUCAUUUGCAGAUCUUGCACUACAUGAUAUUGAUUCUUCUGAUAGACAUGAUCCUCAACAAGUGGUAGCCUACGUGAAUCGAAUCAUUGCCAAUCACAGAAGAAUUGAAAGAAAAUUUAUGCCUGAUCCACAAUACAUGAUGGAACAGCCGGAUAUUAACGAAAGAAUGCGAGCCAUAUUGAUUGAUUGGCUUGUUGAUGUCCAUCUGAAAUUUAAACUGCUGCCUGAAACGCUCUACCUUACUGUGAAUCUUAUUGAUCGUUUUUUAAGCUUGCAACAUAUCACAAGGCAGAAGCUGCAGUUGGUUGGUGUCACUGCUAUGCUCAUCGCCAGCAAAUAUGAAGAAAUAUAUCCUCCAGAAGUACGAGACUUUGAAUAUAUUACUGACAAAGCUUAUAAUAAGGAAGAAAUAUUAAGUAUGGAAGCCAUUAUGCUAAAUAUUCUCAAAUUUGAUCUUACAAUUGCUUCUUCUCUCAACUUCCUCACUCGUUUUUUGAAAGCUGCUGAUGCCGAUAAGCAAAGUAUGUUGUUUGCUAAUUACUUGUUGGAACUUUGCCUCUCUCAUUACAAAAUGAUUCGAUACGAACCCAGCAGAAUGGCAGCAUCUGCUGUCUACCUGACUGGCAAGCUUGUGGGUAGAUUUGAGUGGUCUGAUAAGACUCGAACACAUUCCAACUACGCUGCUACUGAUCUCAAAACUUGUAGUGAGGAAAUGCUUUCAAUUUUGCAUUCUCAGAAUGAUCCCAAUCUCCAUCUCACUGCUGUCAAGAGAAAGUACUCUCUUCAAAAAUUUGGAGAGGUUAGUAAGAUUUCCGUAGACUGUUUGGAAACUUUGUAGAACGCAAUAAACAACUUUUUCCAUUU